ACAUUCCCCCAGAAACCUACGGAGCCCGGGAGAGGACAUGUAAUUUAGAGUGUUAAAAACGAGCUUAUAAUAAAGUUGCACGUUCUAACAAUUUGCAAAGGUACAAAGCUGUCGAGAGGAGAUAUCGUAGUCAAUACAUUGGAAUAAAAUAACAAAACCGCGGAAUGUACACAUAGUGUGGCAAUUAUUAGCUAGUCCACUUGAAAGCUAGGACCUAGCUUGAAACGGAACUAACGAACCAAAUUCAUUGUUUGUCACGGAGCUGAAAGGAGGUGGGACAGACGCAUUGAAAGAUGGAAGUGGGAGGAGCACUGCACAGGUUGGACUGGUGCUAAUCUGUGUCUGUGCCUGCCUUUCAGGAAGGAUGCCAAUGCUGCAAUGCUCAGUAACUAUGAGGUAUUCCAGCUCCUCACUGACCUCAAGGAGCAGAGGAAAGAGAGUGGGAAGAGCAAACACAGCGCCGGGCAGCAGAACCUGAACACCAUCAUGUACGAGACCCUGAAGUACCUGUCCAAGACUCCCUGCAGCCACCAAACACCGGAGACCGUGAAGGAGUUUCUGACCGCCAUGUUACCACACAAAAUCACCAAAGCAGAGAAGCUGCAGCUCCUGAAUCACAGACCGCAGACAGCAGUGGAGAUCCAGCUGAUGGUAGAGGAGAGUGAGGAGAGGCUGACUGAGGAGCAGAUUGAGGAUCUGUUGACUACGGUGACGGGGAUCCUCCCUGGCGACCCCCAGCAGGAAAGUGGCUCCGCCCCUGAUGACGCAGAGAUGGAGGGGGCCAAAAGCUAGGCAGACUGCCACCUGCUGGCGGGAGCACUGCACUGCAGUCAGGAGAAGGCCUUUGCACUGUGCUGGUUUAUAAUGUGUUCAUGUUGUUUAUAAUGCUGCAUUCAUCAUGUGUUUAUAAGGUAUCACUCUGAUGCUGCUCAUUCUGUUUAAUUCAGUCUCAUGUGUUAUUUAUUAAUAAAAAGGGCUUUCACACAG